CUAGAGAGACGAUGCGAAGAUAAUAGAAGUCUUCAGAAUGAGAACCACGUUGAGCUCACUGUCGGGGGUAUGUCAUGCUUGCCGCUAUUGUUCUCCCUUCAGGCACCACUUGUUAUCCUCCACUCUCCGUCGCCACUUCCACCACCGUCGCCACCUUCUUCUGCGACCUCUCGUCUCUCUCUCCGCCACCACCUUAUCUUUUUGCCGUCAUCCGAACUCUAACAUCUUCACGGGGAACUCUCUCUGCACCAAGAUGGAGGUCAUGAGAUGGACUUAUGUGAUAUUUCUUAGUUCAAUGCUGUUUAAUUUAUGCCCACAGCGAUUCUGGACUGGCAUCGGCAUCAAUAACAACGAAGCUAUGGUUGAGCAUCUGAAGAGUUAUGGGGUGAUUAGGUCAAAGAAGGUAGCAGAAGUGAUGGAGACUAUUGAUAGGGCUUUGUUUGUACCUGAGGGAACUCCACCUUAUGUUGACAGCCCAAUGCAGAUAGGAUAUAAUGCGACAAUCUCUGCGCCUCAUAUGCACGCCAUGUGCCUUGAGUUGUUGGAGAAAAACUUGCAGCCUGGCAUGCAUGCUUUAGAUGUUGGAUCAGGAUCGGGGUAUUUGACAGCAUGCUUUGCAUAUAUGGUUGGACCACAAGGCCGUGCGGUGGGUGUGGAACAUAUUCCUGAAUUGGUUGGUACUUCAAUCAAGAAUAUCCAAAAAAGUGCAGCAGCUUCUUUGCUAAAAGAAGGUGCCCUAUCAGUGCAUGUUGGUGAUGGUAGGCUUGGGUGGCCGGAAUUUGCACCUUAUGAUGCCAUUCAUGUUGGAGCGGCAGCACCAGAAAUCCCACAAACACUUUUAGAUCAGUUGAAGCCUGGAGGCCGGAUGGUGAUUCCAGUGGGGAACAUAUUCCAGGACUUGAAGGUUGUGGACAAGAAUCUGGAUGGUUCAAUCAGUGUUCAUGAUGAGACUUCUGUCCGGUAUGUUCCACUGACCAGUCGAGAAUCUCAGUUGCGGGACUACUAAGAUUGCAAUGUUCAUUCAAUCACCAUCUUACCGCGUAAAUAUGUAGUUUUGGCACUCUAGCUAAAUUAGCUCUUUUUCUUGUUAGUAAUGUUUAAGUUUUUGCUUUUGUAAAGUUAAUGCUACACACCUAUGCUGCUGUAUAAAGUGAGAAAAUCCUGUUUUUAUUUCACUUCUUUUUCCUCCCAUAAUUACCAGUUGUUUCGCG